CUGGCGGGAGCGAGCGGGGGAGGGGUCCUGCAGCCAGCGCCAGAGGGCAGGAGGAGUCCGCUGAACCUACAGUGCAGGUGCCUCGGACUGCAGCAGCUGGGAGGUGGCAGCCCAAGCGGGUGGGCACAGACUGCAGGCAGCAGCAGGGCUCAGGCCGGUUGGUGGCUGAAGGAAGAACCUGCAGGCGGCAUGGCGGUGCUGCAGGCCGGGCGGGGUCCCCGGUGCUGGCUAUUGGCGCUGUCCAUGCUCGGUUUUUGCCUGAUGCUGCAAGUCAGUGCUAAGAGGCCUCCCAAGACGCCCCCCUGCCCACCCAGCUGCUCCUGCACUAGGGACACCGCUUUCUGCGUGGACUCAAAGGCAGUACCCAGGAACCUGCCCUCAGAGGUCAUCUCCCUGACCCUGGUGAAUGCGGCCUUCUCAGAGAUCCAGGAUGGAGCCUUCUCCCACCUGCCAUUGCUGCAGUUCUUGUUACUCAACUCCAACAAGUUCACGCUGAUUGGAGACAACGCCUUCACAGGGCUGUCGCACCUGCAGUACCUCUUCAUUGAAAACAAUGACAUCUGGGCACUGUCCAAGUUUACCUUCAGAGGACUCAAGUCCUUGACACACCUCUCACUGGCCAACAAUAACCUGCAGACGCUACCCAGAGAUAUCUUUCGGCCUCUGGACAUCCUGAGUGACUUGGAUCUACGGGGUAACUCACUCAACUGUGACUGCAAGGUGAAGUGGCUGGUGGAGUGGCUGUCUCAUACCAACACCACCGUGGCUCCCAUCUACUGUGCCAGCCCGCCCCGCUUUCAGGAGCACAAGGUGCAGGACCUGCCACUGCGAGAGUUUGACUGCAUCACCACGGAUUUCGUGCUCUACCAGACUCUGUCCUUCCCAGCUGUGUCAGCUGAGCCCUUCCUAUACUCCAGUGACUUGUAUUUGGCUCUGGCCCAGCCAGGUGCCAGCGCCUGCACCAUCCUGAAGUGGGACUAUGUGGAACGGCAGCUUCGAGACUAUGAUAGAAUCCCAGCCCCCUCUGCCGUGCACUGCAAGCCGAUGGUGGUGGACAGCCAGCUGUAUGUGGUAGUGGCCCAGCUGUUUGGUGGCUCUUACAUUUACCACUGGGAUCCCAACACCACGCGCUUCACCAAGCUACAGGACAUAGACCCGCAGCGCGUGCGCAAGCCCAAUGACCUGGAGGCCUUCCGCAUCGAUGGCGACUGGUACUUUGCUGUGGCCGACAGCUCCAAGGCAGGCGCCACCAGCCUCUACCGCUGGCACCAGAAUGGCUUCUACUCCCACCAGGCCCUGCAUGCCUGGCACCGUGACACUGACCUUGAGUUUGUGGAUGGCGAGGGCAAGCCACGGCUGAUUGUGUCUAGUAGUUCUCAGGCUCCUGUCAUCUAUCAGUGGAGUCGUACCCAGAAGCAGUUUGUGCCCCAGGGAGAGGUGACUCAAGUGCCUGAUGCCCAGGCUGUGAAACACUUUCGUGCUGGCCGAGACAGCUACCUGUGCCUCAGCCGUUACAUAGGUGACUCCAAGAUCCUGCGCUGGGAAGGCACCCGUUUCUCCGAAGUGCAGGCCCUGCCCUCCCGGGGCUCACUGGCCCUGCAGCCCUUCCUGGUGGGUGGCCGCCGCUACCUGGCGCUGGGCAGCGACUUCUCCUUCACUCAGAUCUACCAGUGGGACGAGGGUCGACAGAAGUUUGUACGGUUCCAGGAGCUGGCAGUGCAGGCCCCUCGGGCCUUUUGCUACAUGCUUGCUGGGGACGCCCAGCUGCUUCUGGCCCCCAGCUUCAAGGGACAAACACUUGUAUACAGACACAUAGUGGUGGAUCUCAGUGCCUAAGAUGGGUGCCGAGGCCUCAGGGUUCCUCAGAGUGGCACUAGAGGUUGGAAGGCCUCUAUGUACAGCACGUGUGCCCCUGUGAAGUCAUAUGUGGUCAACCUGUAUAU